AUGCCGACGCCGCGCCGAGCCGACCUCGUCGCCGGCUCAGUCACGUCCCAGUUCGGCAGGCUGCCCGCCAAGAGCAAGCCCGGUGUUCGGGACAAUGGGAUUCACGAAUGGGUUCCCCUGAGCGGCAUCGUGGCUGACCAGGAUGGAAAGCUGACCUGUCUGGCUUUGGCCACGGGCGCCAAGUGCCUCCCGGCAUCCAAGCUCGGCCAAACGGACGGCAACGCCAUCCACGACUGGCACGCCGAGAUAUUGGCCAUCAGAGCCUUCAACCGCUACCUCCUGGACGAGUGCCGCCGGCUCCAGCAGGGGAAGCCAAGCGCCGUGUUGCAGACGUCCCCGGGAGAUGCCGCCCAUCCGUUCGCCCUCCGGGACAAUGUAAAGCUGCACAUGUACUGCUCCGAAGCGCCUUGCGGCGACGCAAGCAUGGAGCUGGUCAUGGCCGCGCAGGAGGACGCAUCCCCUUGGCGCACGGCGCCGCCGGCCGAUGCCGGUGCCGGUGCCGACUCCUCGACACUCCCCGGACGCGCGCACUUCUCCCAGCUGGGCAUCGUGCGCCGCAAACCAGCGCGCCGAGACGCCCCCCCGACCCUGUCCAAGUCGUGCUCCGACAAAAUCACCCUCAAGCAGUGCACCUCGCUCCUCUCGUCGCUCACCUCGCUGCUCGUGGACCCGGCAAACGCCUACCUCGAGUCGCUGGUCCUGCCAGAGUCGCAGUUCUCGGAGUCGGGCUGCCAGAGGGCGUUUUCCCGCCGCGUCGGUAGCCUCGCCGACGCGUCCUGGCCCGGAGGCUACAAGUUCCGCGCCUUCGCCGUCGAAACGACGCGCGAGGUGUUCGACCUCUCGCGGCGGUCGGUGGGCGCCCGGGCCGACAAGGUGGCCCCGAGCAACCUUGCUGCCGCCUGGACCUGCUCCGGCGUCGAGGAGACGAUCCUGGGGGGCGUCGUCCGGGGCCGGAGGCCGUUUGAGGAAAAGGGCGCGAGCAGCAUGUCCAGACGGCAGGUGUGGAUGCUUGCCCGGGCGCUUUCCGAUGCGCUGCCUUGCAGUAGAGACGUCCGACGGGCCUUGGCUGGCCAGACGUACCAAGAAGUCAAGGAUGCGGAGUUGCUGGCCGACAGGCAGAGGGUUAAGCGCCAAGUGCGUGAAUCUGCCUUGACAGGCUGGGUUCGGAACCUCGGCGAUUCCAGCUUUUCGAUUCAUUAG